AUGCCCCCUCCAGACACGUGGGCAGCAGCCUGCCACACAGUCACCAGCGGCAGGAGAGCCAGCACCAGCCAGUCAGGGAUCUGUGGCCCCUGCAGCUGCUCAGAAGACUUUCUUGCGGCCUCCUCCAAGCCUUUCACCAAGCAACGUUUUGGCGGGGUGCAGUCAGCCUCUUUGAAGCCACAUCUAGUGGCCAGAAGGACCCCAAGCCCCACUCCUCUUCCUCCCUCUGCUACAUCCUCCGUGAGGACCCCAAGCCCUGCUCCCUCUGCUGCAUCCUCCGUGAGGACCCCAAGCCCUGCUCCCUCUGCUGCAUCCUCCGUGAGGACCCCAAGCCCUGCUCCUCUUCCUCCUCCUGCAUGUCCACAUGGCGAUACCCACACCAGCAGCCUGGAUGAAGCAGGAGAUGGAGCUUCAUUUUGGUUGCCAGGGGAGUUGAGGAAGACGAUCCCCACACAGGACCAGCGCUGGAUUGCCAACACCAUAUUCCAGUCUGGCAGACUACGAGCGGAUCUGAAGUUGUGGUAUGAGCCCCCAGUCCCAGCACUCAUUUACCACCAGACCCCGACUCCAGACCACUUUUUCACACACAGGCUGAUGGUGUGGAUGCCCUACCACCUGUGGAAAGUGAGAGUUUUCUGCCCCUCCUGUGGAAAGCAGCUGACUGGAUAUGGUGUCCAUAAAAGGGCCCGUAAAGUCCUGGACAUUGACAGGUAUUACCUGAUGCUGACCGAAACCCUCAGGUGCACGGUCUGUUCCCUGAAUUACUUGUCGACCAGUCAAGCUGUCCGGGAGCAGCUGGACCUGCCACACGCCCAGAUGUUCAGGCUUAUCCUGACCCGCAAGUGA